AUGGAGGAGGAUUGGGACAGCGACGAGACGGUGAUUGAAGGGUCGGUGAUUAGUGACCUGGAGGAAGACGAACUGCCCGGCAGAAGGUUGCUCUUUGAUCAAGAUGCAUCUCUUAGAUCUCUGUACAGUCUCCAUCCUGAUAUAAAUGCAACAGGGAAAGGUGUACUUUCUCCUGAGAUUCAACUUGGGUUUAAACUCAGAGAAGAUCCACAAAAGCAAUUGAGUACAAAUAAAAUAACUCUUCUUAGUGAGGAUGACAUUUUACAGAAACCUCAAGAUGAAGUGGAACAAAGUCAGUUUCUAUUACAAACUACACAAAAUUGUCCAAUGUUUACUGAGUCACUUCCCCAGGCUGAACUUUUACUGAACCAACAAAGCAUACAAGUACCUGAGUCUGAUGAUAAAUCUGAAGUUUUUCCACAUCCAGGAAAGGAACUGAGUGAAGACAGUGAUUCUGCUGAAUUUAGCCUCCUUUCAGGUACUCGUAUCACAGUAUCUGAAAAUAAUGCUCUUGUCAAGGAUAAAUUGUUAAUAGAGCCACAGAAGAUGUUAUCAGGAUCACAUGUAUAUUCUGAACCUAGAAUGGAACUUCCAUUGGACAUGACUUCUGAAAAAGCAAAGAAUGAAGAAGACUCGCUUGAAACUUUUGUCUCUGCCCAAGAAAUUAUUGAGGAGGAUAGACUAUUAGAAAUAAUAAGUGAUUUUGAGCCUACAGAACUGAAGACCCCAUUGAGUCAUUCGUCAUUUUCUAUGCCAAUGCUUUUGACAUGCCACAGAGAUUUACUAAAAAACACAAAUGAUAAUGCAAUGCCACCUGAGUUGUUAUCAGCCAUAAACACAAUGUCAGAAGCCCAGGUGGACCCCAUCUACUGUAGAGAAGAAGAGGAAGGCAGCAAUGUUGGUGCUGGAAGUAAGCAUUUAGAGGGGGAGCCUAUUCUGUCUCAGACUCAGGAAGAUUGUACACAAAUAGCAGAGCCUGUAGAAGACCAAAUUCCAUUUGGAUCACAAGCUUUGGUGCAUCAAAAUGUCACUUUUUGUGAUCCAUUAAAUAAUGAGGGGAAUUCAAAGCCCCUGGAAAAUAACUCUGAUAAGGAUACUCCUGGUGUGUUAAGGAGGUCAUCUAGAUUGAAAAUAACUACAUGUGAAAAGUACAGUGAUGACUUGUAUACAGUGCCAAAAAAGAUUUUACAAAAAAUACUUGCCUGUGAGGUUCAGACAAAUCGUAAUUCCUCAAAUAAGAAUCUCAGGUAUGCUAUUAAUUUACAUCUUUCCCUCUUAGUAUACUUUGUUAUGGAAAAUACUAUACAUUCAUCCAGGCUCAGGAGUAGAGAACAGAUCAGGAAAAGCAAAAAAAAUGCAGAAAAAUAUGAUAAAAAAAAGUUCAAUAAUAUUUUAUUGGCUACUAUUAACCGGAAAAAUAAGUUUGGAGAGAACUUACUAUAUAGGGCUGCUCUGCGUGAUGACACAGAUCUUGUUAUUCACUGUUUAAAAAAGGGUGGAAAUGUUAAUCAACAAUGUUAUGCUGGUUGGACAGCACUUCAUGAAGCUUGCGUAGGGGGAUUUUAUCAGACUGCAAGUGAACUAAUAAAAGGUGGAGCAGAUGUAAAUAUCAAAGGAAAAUAUCAGAUCACUCCCCUUCAUGAUGCAGUGAUGAAUGGGCAUUAUAAGGUGGCAGAGUUACUUCUUUCAAAUGGAGCUGAUCCAUUCCUUAGAAGUGAUAAUGGAAAGUGUGCACUGGAUGAAGCCAAAAAUUCCCAGAUGAAGCAUCUCUUUGAGAGAUAUGUUUCUAAACAGCAGAAACCUCUCGAAUCAGCCCAGAAUAGAAUUAUGCCAGUCAAUGUAGAAGAUAUGCAGCAUGACAAGAAAACCAAAUUCCAUUCCAGAAAAUGCACUGGAUUUACUUCUGAUGGUAAUUCCAAAAGAGAGAAUCCAGAACAUGUUAAUAUAGAUAGAGAAAGCAAAGAAUACUUACUUAUAAAUGAAGAUGAUGUAUAUGAGGAUUGCCAAAAAGGUUCUAAAAAUAGAAGACAUGGUAAAUCUAAGCAUAAGCAUUUAAUUCUUAGCCAGACUAAUUCUACAGGACUCAGGAAAGAGAGUCUCCAUUAUGUCAAAGAGCAUAGCUCAAAUAAAGAUAAAGGAAUAAGAAAAAUACAACAUAAUCAAACUCAGUUGGAUGAUAUGAUCCAAGAAGACCUUCCAAGAAAGACUGUAGCAGUCUCUUCUCAUGGCAAAAUAAGGAGGUUGGUUAUUGCUCAACAACAAAGUCCUCAAAACUUAGAAAAUUUUCCUGAAGAGUCUUGUAUACCAACCAGCCCAGCUCUAUCAAGACCAAAAAGUGACUUCGGUAACACUAUUGAGGCUUACUCAAUUACCCAAGAGACAUAUAACAAGGACCUGAGUUCAUCUAAUAGUCAAGAAAUAAAAAUGUUGGAGUUACUAUCCACUAACCAAACCGAAGCUAUUUCUUUCUCAGGACUUUCUUUACAUAAAGAAGUUGAGUUGCCAUUUGUUACUACAGAACAGCCAUCUCAUAGUCACAAAGAACAAGAACAAAAUAGUUCUUCUAAGUCUUGUGAAGGCACCAUCUUGAAGCAAAAAGGUGUGAGCAUUAAUAAAUGGGAAAAUUCUUUCCGAGUUUUUAUAGAGAAAAAACUGAAUGAUGAGUUUGAUCACUGCACUUCUCAGAAGAUUGUAGUAUCUAAAACGGUAAUGAGUUCUGUAGAUGGCAAAACCCACUGUGAUUAUGAAGAGAAUAUGACAUACAGAGGUGAAAUGGAUUUUCAGUCACGUUUACUUUCUGAAGAUCAUUUUUCACAAGGAAAUGAGUUUAAAGAAGAUACCUUAACCAUACUCUCACAACAGGAAGCUGUUCAUUUUUCUGACUCAGACAAUACAAUAGUUUCUGGACAACAUGUCACAAGUUAUGACCAAUGCAUGUACGAAACUUCUUUUCAUCACUCACAUAGCAAUCUUGAGCAUACUUCCUUUGAUCAUACAAGAACACUGUCAACACAGGAAAUUUCAGAGUUACCUAGUCAGGUGGAGCUACUUGAAAAGAGUCAGGAUAGUCCCACAUGGCCAGCUCCUUUAAUGAAUCAAAUAGAUGCACGUGUUACAGAAAGAUUGGAUCAGUACAGAGAGACUGAAAGAAGUAUCUCUGACAAAAGCCAAAAUCCAGAUUCUUCAAAUACGCCGUUGCAUACAGUUCAAGAAAAAGCAACAAUGACAGGUGAACAAAGGAAACAAGACCUUCCAGAGAGUGCAGUCAUGCACAAUAUAAAAUUUCAUUCCACUGACUAUACGAAUAAAGAUUCAGCCAACAUCUCCCAAUUUAGUCAAAGAGAAGAGAGGAAAGCGUCUCACAAAACAGAUAAGGAAUCAACUAAUAAUAUAAUAGAAAAUAAAAUCACUGUAAGAAAUUGUGAGGUGGAAGAAGUAAGAACAGGUUUAGAAAUUCACAUGCCUACUUGUUAUGUUCAAGAACACAAAAAUGGUCAGAAUUUCAGCCCAAACCAAAAUCAUUUUAAAGAUAUCUGCAGUCAAGAAAUGAAAACAGCUGGGGUCAAUAAGCAGAAUGCCACAGGGGAAAGCCAGCUUCAUUCAGUUGCCAGAAGAGGAAAUUUGUCUCUGGUGAAAGCUUUAAUAGAAUCUGGAGCAGCUGUGAAUUUAAAAGAUAAUGCAGGUUCAACACCACUUCAUGAGGCAGUGAAUGAGGGAAUCAAAGAUGGAACUGAAGAGUUGUUAAAAGCUGGUGCUAAUGUUAAUUGUGAAAAUGUAGAUAGAAUUCUGCCUUUACCUGGUGCUGUUGCAAACAAUCAUUUAAAGGCAGCUGAUAUUCUACUGAAACACAGAACAAAUAAUAAAAAACGUAAGGCUGCUUUGGAUGAAACAGGUGAUAAGACAAUGAAAGAACCACGAAAAUCUUAUGGUGCUAUUGAGACUGAUGACAGAGAUGAAAGUAAUUCUGUGGACACUGGUAAAAUUCCUUUAGUUCGGACAAAAAGACAUAAGCAGUAUUUUUGUGAUGACCACAAGACUAUUGAUCCACCCUUUCUAACACACCAAGGACAGACAGAAGAAAUCCAUCCUGUGCAUCAUACAAUCAGUGCUGUCCUACAAGAUAUAGAAGAAAAGCAAGAAAAUUUAUUAAAGUUUGAAAUAAAAACCCCUGAAGAUGCAGUGGACUACAUUGAAAAGAUGUCAGCAAUAAAAGAAGUUAUGGAUAGUGUGGAUGCAAAACAAAAGGCAGAAAGGGAUGAUAUAGCCAAAAAAUACAGGGUGUCUAUAGAAUCAUUUAAACAUGGAGUCCUGAGAGAACAACUGGCUAACUUGGCCACAAGACAAAAGAAACUUUUAAUUGUAGUCAAAAACCAGGAAGAAAUAAGCCUGAAAAUUCAAAACUAUAAGAAUGUGGGUCUUAAUUUGAAGAAGCAGCCACCCACCUCCAAAAUCUCUAGAUGCAAGAGUAGUCAAGAGUGUACUAGUCUGGGAAAUGCUGUGCCUUCUCAGUCACGGGUACUUUUUCCUGUCAGUCCUAUUUGUGGAACUUCACAAGGUACAAGGUUGUCUUUGGACAUAUGGAAUAACAGCCAGGAUACCAACACAUAUUCAGUUGCAGAGACAAGAAGGGAAGACAUUUCUGUAAAUGAGAUGAAUGCUAAACCAAAUGUUAAUACAUAUUCCUUAGCUGGGUCAUCAGAAUGUGGACAGUCAGAUGGCACAAAGUUAUUCUCCAAACCUUGUACUUCUAUUACUCUAGAAGAAUAUUCACAGGAUAACUAUAAUAAUGAAACUAUAGCCAAAGGGCCUGACUCCUUUAGUCCUUCCACAGAAAAUGGCACAUUAAAUAUUUCACAAACCACAAACAAGCCCUUUCCAUCAACUACCUUCUCAGAUCAGACUUUGUGCAAUCGUGAUCCAAAAAAUGGAAGCAGGAAAAUUGUUUCCCAGCAACCAUGUCAGGGGUCAUCAGAAUCCCAGGCACAAACAUUUGCUCUCUUUGGCAGUAAGGCCAGACAUCAGAUAAUGAAACCACAUCAGAAAUUAGCUUUUGCUGCUCCCCAUGCAAAUGACAACCAGGACUGCUGCUUGUCUGUGUCUGACACUCUCCACACCAGCAGAAAGUCUUCAAAGUACAGCACAGUUCCAAAAAAGAAGUGUAUGCAGAUAAAGGAUCUCAUUUUACUAGGGAAAAUUAACCCAGGGAAGAACAUCCUAGAAUUCAAGACUCAGGAGAGUAUUCACAAAGCCAGUAUUUUAAUGAGUGGAAAAAUUAAAGUAGAAAGUGGUCAGAUUUACCAAAAUCCGGUCACCUGGCUCAAGGAUCUUCUAGGCAGCAACAGUUAUGUGACCUGGAAUUAUGCUUGGAGUAAGGUAACAUACCUGGGGAAGGAACUUAUAAAGUACAUUUCUGAUGAAGUGCCCACGCUGCCAGAUGCAGACUCUGAAGCUCAGCAGCACCAGCUUUGUCUUCCAGGAGUUUCCAGAGAAUCAAUGCAAAGCAUUCCACAUUAUCUACAAUUCAAUGAAAUAUUACUCAACAGCGAUCAGGAAUUUCUCCCACAUCAUAUAAUGGAUAAGUAUUGGAAGUCCUAUGUGGAAUGUGAUGAACUACCAUUCUAG